AUGCUUUCUUCUAAGAAACCCAAGGAAGUAUGGAAAGUAAUACAUCGCAUCUUGCACCCAGAGCCGCGCAGGAUCACCUUUCACCCUGACAAACUCAAUUCUCAUUUUACUUCAACGGCAGAACGUACAAUCGGCACUGACGUCAAUGAUAACAACAGUUACGACACUAUAAGAAACAUGAUCGAUUCGCUUCCCCCAGACUACGACAACGGCUUCCAUAUAAAUCCUGUCACACUGGGCGAAGUUGUAAAUGAAAUACGUUGUCUACGAGGAGACUGUUCCACAGGACCAGAUCACAUUCCAGCAAAAAUGAUCAAAAUU